AUGACAGAUGUGGUCUACACUUCUCGGCCACAGCGGUCAACCUCUUUCUCCGGGGAUAUCUCUGUCCACUCGGUCAUGGAACGAAGAGCAAGUCAGGAUACGGACGAGGGAGCAGACUCCGCAGGCUUUGCUGGCAGUCGCGCGAGCAGAAAGCGUGCUGCGUUCAUCGAUAUCGAGGAAGCGAAUAGCCCCAGAGUGAGAAAUUUCAGCUUAGAGACUGAACCAAUGAGUAGCGAGGGGAGCAAGGACUCUAUCUGUCUCUGCACGCCCGCUCUUAAGGUUCCAAGGCCUCGCAACGCCUUUAUCUUGUAUAGGCAGCACCACCAGGCCCAGGUGAUUGCCGACCACCCAGGUCUUUCCAACCCAGAGAUAUCCAAAAUCAUAGGAGAGCAGUGGAGAAAACAGGACCCAGAAGUCAAGGACAGCUGGAAGCAACUUGCAGAAGAGGAGAAGCUUCGACACCAACGACAAUACCCGGACUACCGGUAUCGACCUCGCCGCGGCGGUAGGCCCGGCAGUCGACCAGGCUCGUCGCCCUCGGCUGAUUCAGGACAGUGCACCAAGUGCGGUGGCAGAUAUAUCGCAACACUGAGAACACCGUCCACGCCGCUCGGCACACCAACAGCCGCAAAAUCGAACAUGCAGCCCAACCCCCCGAGCGACAUUCGCAGCGGCGACAGCGAUCACCUCCGACGUAUGUUACCAGGAGGGAACCAGCCUUAUCAAUACCAACAUAGUAACGUGCAGGAGGUGGAAGAAGAGUACGAGCCAAUGUCGCCAUCUCCCGAGCUCAAACGACGCCGAUUCAAUGCCGCAGGACAUUAUCAGGCAGUCUCUUCACCCGGGCCAUACACGGGCCAUCCUCUAUCGAGGCAGCCCAGAUCGUCGCUGAGCACGCCUCCCACGCCGCCGGUCGCCAGUUACGGACCGUUGCCCGGCCCAUCGUCACUUGCAAGGACCGGGCAUGGCAAUAUGGCGCCCCCUCCACGACCGCAUCAUCCAGCAUACGCAGGGCCGAGCCGUGGCCCGGGUUAUGAUGAGAGUCUUCGACUGCCACCCCUGCAGACCCAGUCGUCCCCGCCACUCUACAGAGACAGCGAUGGGAACGACCGCCCGAGUGCACACCCAGUGACUGGCUUGGGCAUCGCAAAUUUGAGAGAUAGCAAUGCUAAAAGCCUCGAGGCAAAGAUCAUGAAGAUCCCUUUCUGGAGCAAGCUCAUGGUCUUGCAAAAAAUUAGUCCGACUUUGGCUCCGCCGGGGCCGGACAGCCCUGACGUUGAGAUUCGUGGCGCAGUCGUCGCCGUUGAAGGAGCUGAUCCUCGACAACUGGAGCAGGUGGGAACGGCAGUGCACCGGUCUCUCCUUGGCUUAGGCGAGAUCGAUCUGAAGACGUGGAGCGAUGGACCAAGCACGCCGGUGUCUAUCCUAUCAGCCGAAGAAGACGUCAAGAUGAACGACACCGCCUCUGUUGGCAGCAGCAGGAAGAGCAGCCAUUCGCAGCUCAACUUACAAGCCUCAGACCUGUUCUCUGACUACAUGGAGACCAUGUUGAAGUGGCGUGUAAAAUCGCGAGAGAUCAUCAAGCACGUAUCCACUAGGCCGGUUUUCGGACCGGACGCGCCUCCGCUCACGAGACGGGCAUCGGAAGGGGAGGCUGUCGGGUCCCGGCACAACUCGAUAUCGGCACCCUGCAUCAGUAAAACGCCAAUCGCCCUGCUCCCUGCGGGAUUCAGCUUGACCAUGUCAGACAAGUACGCUUGCACAACACCCAUCAGAGAUUCCUACGCCCCGGUCGACCACUGGCAAUGGAUGUCGACUUUGUGGAGGGGAAUCAUUGGACCGGACCUCGUCAUCUACGUGAAUUCGGUGGCGGAGGAAGAAGUUACUCGCGGAGGCGCCGUUGAGUUUCAAGGUCCCGGUGUCAUGGUGGUUAGGAUUGCGCACCAGAAGUCGCUGGACGAGAAGACCGGGCGGCGCAUCUCUUUUGAGGUGGUGGAGUGGAUUCGAGGAGGUAGCUACCAGGAGGGAUUUGGGCGAGGUUGA